ACAACAUUUUGGGCAAAAUUUUUAAUAUAAUUUUUUGGGGCAAAAGAAACAAUUCAUAAAUUUAUUUUCUGGAAAAAUCCAAUCUUCCCGAUUAGUAACAGAGAAAGCGUUCGCGACCAAACCAUUUAGUGCAGAUCUGCAGUGGAAGUACAGUCUCACAGCGAAUCGUUGAAAUUCGCGCUCUAAUUGUCCGUUUCAGUUCUCCGGCCGAACACAGGAAGAUGUGCGGUAGGGCUCGCUGUACUUUGAGACCUGACGAUGUCCCCAGGGCUUCUCACCGCCAUGGCGUUCGUACCCGUUUUCUCCACCUCGACCGUUAUCGUUCUUCUUACAAUGUUGCUCCGGGAUCUUAUAUGCCGGUUCUACGGACAGACAAUGAUGGUGUUGCUGUCCACUGUAUGAAGUGGGGAUUAGUCCCUGCUUUCACUAAGAAAACUGAUAAGCCUGACUUCUUCAAAAUGUUUAAUGCUCGCUCUGAAUCGGUAGCUGAGAAAGCGUCUUUUCGUCGGUUGCUUCCAAAGAAUAGGUGUCUUGUUGCAGUUGAUGGGUUUUAUGAGUGGAAGAAGGAAGGUUCAAAAAAGCAACCCUACUACAUCCAUUUUAAGGAUGGGAGGCCUCUAGUUUUUGCUGCUCUUUUCGAUUCUUGGCAGAACUCAGAAGGUGAGACACUUUACACCUUUACGAUUUUGACAACCUCUUCCUCGUCUGCCUUACAGUGGCUCCAUGAUAGAAUGCCAGUAAUUCUCGGUGUCAAGGAAUCAGUCGACACAUGGUUAGAUGAUCCCUCAAUGUCGAAACUGAAGCCAUUACUUACACCAUAUGAAAACUCGGAUUUGGUAUGGUAUCCAGUAACCUCUGCAAUUGGUAAACUAUCUUUUGAUGGACCAGAGUGUAUUCAACAGUUACCCGUAAAGGCUUCACAAAACAGCUUGAUCUCGAAGUUUUUCUUAGCAAAGCAGCCGAAAACAGAUGAAGGAGACAAAGAAACCAAGGCGACAGAUUCAAACAUCUCAGUUGAUUUGAAAGAGGAACCUAUGGUUGAAAGUUAUAAAGGGGAUGUAUUUUCUGACAGCAACAAGAAAGCUGAAGAAGUAGAUGAGGAAAAAGAUAUAUCGAAUGAAGCCCAAAAUCUAGGUUUUCAUAAGAGUGUGAAAGCAGAACCAUUUAUUGAAGAUAGCUCAGCUGUUGCAUCACAUCUCGAAUCUGUAAAGAAUGAAGUUGAGGAGGAUACAAGUGAAGAAGAUAAAUCCAUUAAGACUGGUCUUACUAAAGUAAUAGAUGAGAGCAAUGCUAGCAUACCGGCUGAGUCCGAGAACCAGCUUGACGAAUCGAAUCAGCUUGAGCUCCAGCAUGAGGCUGUUCAAGACAAACAAGGAAGUGAAAACGAGAAGGAAGGUGGCUUAGAGUUUAGGGAAACGUCUUCAGGAAAAAGUGGGACGAAGAGAGACUAUGGGUUAUUCUCAGCUCAAGAAAAGCCAUGGAAUCAAUCUGAGAGGUUGCAAGAUGUUAGAAGCCGUGGGAAACAUGGAAAGGGGAAGUCUAACAUCAAGAAAUCUAAGGAAACGCAGUCUACAUUACAUUUCUUUUUCGAUGAGAAAUAGUUCGUGUCUACAUAACAUCGAUGAAGACCAUGUUGUGGGUAAUUUGGUUGUAAGGAUCCGUCGAUGUUUGUAUAUGUAGUAUGUUGUGCUCGAUCCCUGAAAAGCUAGUAGUAGUAGGAACUUGAUAGCCAAUAUUUUUCCUUUUGUUUUCAAAAAUUUGGUUUUUAGUGUAUUUGGCGGAUUGUGAUGGCACUCUUAGUCUAUAUUAUUUUACUCCCUUUGUUGGGUAUGUAUAUAUUAGUGAUAAAAAGAAUAUUUAUCAAGAAAAUUUUAUUUACAAA